AGCCCAUAGAAUUUCUAACAUCAAAGGAAUUCACACCCUCAGAAUCGUCAAAAGAAGCUUUGGAACAGAUCAUGAAAGCUCUCAAAGAUGACAACGUCAAUAUGAUCGGACUGUACGGCAUGGGAGGGGUGGGUAAAACAACCCUGGUGAAAGAAGUAGGCAGGAGAGCCAAAGAGUCGCAGCUUUUUCCUGAAGUUUUGAUGGCUACGGUGUCCCAGAAUCCAAAUGUCAUAGGCAUCCAGGAUCGAAUGGCAGAUAGUUUACAUCUGAAAUUUGAAAAAACGAGUAAAGAAGGUAGAGCAAGUGAAUUAUGGCAGAGACUGCAGGGAAAGAAGAUGCUUAUAAUCCUAGAUGAUGUUUGGAAACAUAUUGACUUGAAAGAGAUAGGGAUCCCAUUUGGUGAUGAUCACAGGGGUUGUAAAAUUCUUCUAACAACUCGUGUUCAAGGCAUAUGUUUUUCUAUGGAGUGCCAGCAAAAAGUGCUUUUAAGAGUCUUACCUGAAGAUGAAGCAUGGGAUUUAUUCAGAAUCAAUGCAGGUUUACGUGAUGGGGACUCUACCUUGAACACAGUGGCAAGGGAGGUUGCGAGAGAAUGCCAAGGCUUGCCUAUAGCACUUGUGACAGUGGGAAGGGCUCUAAGAGGUAAAUCACGAGUUCAGUGGGAAGUAGCGUCUAAACAGCUCAAAGAAUCUCACUUUGUGCGCAUGGAACAAAUUGAUGAACAAAAUAAUGCUUACACAUGUCUUAAGUUGAGCUAUGAUUAUUUGAAGUACGAGGAAACCAAGUCAUGUUUCGUGCUAUGCUGUUUAUUUCCAGAAGAUUAUGACAUUCCAAUCGAGGACUUGACGAGAUAUGCAGUUGGCUAUGGGUUACAUCAAGAUGCGGAGCCCAUUGAAGAUGCAAGGAAAGGAGUUUCUGUGGCCAUCGAAAACCUCAAAGAUUGUUGCAUGCUGUUGGGCACUGAAACUGAAGAACAUGUGAGAAUGCAUGACUUGGUUCGUGACUUUGCUAUUCAGAUAGCAUCAUCAGAAGAAUAUGGAUUCAUGGUAAAGGCUGGCAUUGGGUUGGAGAAGUGGGCAAUGAGAAACAAAAGCUUUGAAGGUUGUACAACAAUUUCGUUAAUGGGCAAUAAACUAGCAGAACUUCCUGAAGGAUUGGUAUGUCCACAGCUCAAAGUUCUAUUAUUAGAACUGGAAGAUGGUAUGAAUGUUCCAGAGAGGUUUUUUGAAGGGAUGAAAGAAAUUGAAGUUUUGUCUCGAGGAGGGCGUUUGUCGCUGCAAUCACUUGAACUCUCAACGAAACUUCAAUCGUUGGUGUUGAUUAGCUGUGGAUGCAAGGACCUCAUUUGGUUGAGAAAGCUGCAGAGACUUAAGAUUCUUGGUCUUAUGUCGUGCUUAUCCAUUGAAGAAUUACCUGAUGAAAUAGGAGAGCUCAAGGAGUUAAGGUUGUUGGAUGUGACAGGUUGUCAAAGGCUAAGAAGGAUCCCUGUGAAUUUGAUUGGAAGGUUGAAGAAGUUAGAAGAGCUGUUGAUCGGACAUCUCAGCUUUAAGGGAUGGGAUGUUGUUGGAUGUGACAGCACAGGAGGAAUGAAUGCAAGCCUAACAGAACUAAAUUCGUUGUCUCAGUUUGCCGUAUUAUCAUUGAGGAUACCGAAGGUUGAAUGCAUUCCCAGAGAUUUUGUUUUUCCAGUUAGCUUGCGCAAAUAUGAUAUAAUAUUAGGGAAUGCUUUUGGCUAUGGGUAUUAUUUAUCAACCUCGACAAGAUUAUAUUGGGCUGUUACAUCCUUAAAUGCGAAGACAUUUGAGCAAUUGUUUUUACAUAAAUUAGAAUCUGUAGUAGUGAGGGGUUGUGGGGAUGUUUUCACUCUGUUUCCAGCAAGAUUGCGGCAAGGUUUAAAAAAUCUGAAGGAGGUGGUUAUUGACAACUGUGAAUCAUUGGAAGAGGUAUUUGAAUUGGGUGAGGAGAAGGAGCUGCCGCUGCUGUCAUCUUUAACCAAGUUAGAGCUGUCACGUUUACCUGAGCUCAAAUGCAUAUGGAAGGGGCCCACCAGUCAUGUCAGCCUCCAAAGUCUUAAUUUUCUGGAGUUGGGGUAUCUGGACAAACUGGCAUUUAUCUUCACACCGUCCCUCGCUCAAAGUCUACCACAACUGCAAACACUUGACAUAACAGCAUGCGGUGAAUUGAAGCAUAUUAUAAGAGAAGAGGAUGGUGAAAGGGAAAUAAUUCCAGAGUCUCCUUGCUUCCCACAAUUAAAAAAUAUCUUCAUACAACGGUGUGGUAAACUGGAAUAUGUCUUCCCUGUCUCCAUGUCUCCAAGCCUUCCGAACCUGGAACAGAUGACGAUUUAUUAUGCUGACAAUUUAAAGCAAAUAUUUUACAGUGGAGAAGGAGAUGCACUCACCACAGAUGGCAUCAUCAAGUUCCCUCAACUAAGAGAAUUGUCUCUUGGGCUCCGAUCAAAUUACGGCUUUAUAGGUCCAAGGAAUUUUGAUUUUCAAUUGCCUUCUUUGCAGAAUCUAAACAUUAAAGGCCACGAAGAAGUGGGUAAUUGGUUGGCACAGCUACAACAAAACGGCUUCUUACAAAGAUUAAAAUCUGUAGCAGUGGACGAUUGUGGGGAUGUUCGCACUCCGUUUCCAGCAAAAUUGCUGCGAGCUGUGAAAAAUCUAAGCAGUGUGAACAUUAACGGCUGCAAAUCAUUGGAAGAGGUAUUUGAAUUAGGUGAGCCUGAUGAAGGAAGUAGGGAGGAGAAGGAGCUGCCGCUUCUGUCAUCUUUAACAGGGUUACGGCUGUCACGUUUACCUGAGCUCAAAUGCAUUUGGAAGGGGCCCACCAGACAUAUCAGCCUCCAAAGUCUUGCUCAUCUGUAUUUGAAUUCUCUCGACAAACUGAUAUUUAUCCUCACACCGUCUCUCGCUCGAAGUCUGCCAAAGCUAGAAAUACUUGAGAUAAGUGAAUGCGGUGAAUUGAAGCAUAUUAUCAGAGAAGAGGAUGGUGAAAGGGAAAUAAUUCCAGAGUCUCCUUGCUUCCCACAAUUAAAAAAUAUCUUCAUAGAACGGUGUGGUAAACUGGAAUAUGUCUUCCCUGUCUCCAUGUCUCCAAGCCUUCCGAACCUGGAACAGAUGACGAUUUAUUAUGCUGACAAUUUAAAGCAAAUAUUUUACAGUGGAGAAGGAGACGCACUCACCACAGAUGGCAUCAUCAAGUUCCCUCGAUUAAGUGACUUGGUUCUUUCUUCCAUAUCAAAUUACAGCUUUUUUGGUCCAACGAAUCUUGCUGCCCAAUUGCCUUCUUUGCGAUUUCUAAAAAUCAAUGGCCACAAAGAAUUGGGAAAUUUGUUUGCACAGCUCCAAGGGUUCACAAAUUUGAAAGAAUUAAGCUUGGAAUCCGUGCCUGACUUGAGGGGUCUUCUGCUGAGCAAAUUGACUACUUUGGAGAUGGCCGCCCAUGGGGAGCAAAACGGCUCCUUACAUAGAUUAGAACGUGUACGAGUGGACGAUUGUGGGGAUGUUCGCGCUCCGUUUCCAGCAAAAUUGCUGCGAGCUUUGAAAAAUCUAAGCAGUGUGAACAUUAACGGCUGCAAAUCAUUGGAAGAGGUAUUUGAAUUAGGUGAGCCUGAUGAAGGAAGUAGGGAGGAGAAGGAGCUGCCGCUUCUGUCAUCUUUAACAGGGUUACGGCUGUCAGGUUUACCUGAGCUCAAAUGCAUGUGGAAGGGGCCCACCAGACAUGUCAGCCUCCAAAGUCUUGCUUAUCUGGAUUUGUGGUCUCUGGACAAACUGACAUUUAUAUUCACACCGUCCCUCGCUCGAAGUCUGCCAAAGCUAGAAAGACUUUACAUAGGUAAAUGCGGUCAAUUGAAGCAUAUUAUCAGAGAAGAGGAUGGUGAAAAGGAAAUAAUUCCAGAGCCUCCUGGGCAGGAUGGUCAAGCUUCACCUAUCAACGUUGAGAAGGAGAUAGUGCUUCCUAAUCUAAAGGAGUUGUCGAUACAACAAUUAUCAAGUAUUGUCUGUUUUAGUUUCGGAUGGUGUGAUUAUUUGUUAUUCCCUCGUUUGGAGAAGUUGGAGGUCCAUCUAUGUCCAAAGCUGACCACAAAAUUUGCUAGUACACCAGAUGGUUCAAUGAGUGCUCAAUCAGAGGUAUCUGAAGUAGCUGAAGAUUCAAGCAUUUAUAGAGAGUGGACCCGAGAUAAGGGGUGGAAAGAACGAUGAUGAUUGGUAGUCUAAUAAUUCUUUCUUGCCCAAACCAGGCAAGGUUGGUUAGCUGUUACAUGAUUUCAAGGUUGGUGCUGCGAAUAUGUUUUAGAUUGGUGGGAAGUAAUUCCAACUGUUUCAUUGGCAAUGGGAAUACAGAAGAUUUCGACUUAUCUAUCUGUGUUUGCUGAAGAAGUUAGAAGUAAUGUAAUGUUGUGUGUUUAGUCAUUAUCGUACAAGCCCCCAAAAAAACAAUGAUGCUUGCCCAUUAUCGUACAAGCCUCCAGAAGUAAGGGCGUAUGUUUGCUUGCCCAUUUGUUUUUUCGAGCAGAUACCUUGCUGGCUUUCGCUAAUUUAGGGAGACUAUAUUGUUUCAACCGAUCUCUUUUAGGUUUCUAUUAAUAUAUUUAUUUAUUUUA